UGAGAUUAUGACAGUGUAGCCUUAUAAAUAAACAGAACACUUUUUUUUCUGGCAGACUGAAACCUCUGCUAAAGAAAACCAUCCCAAAGCAGGAUCCAAAACACAAGUGGAUUGUGUUAAAAGAUAAAAAGAAGCUCUUCUUUAAACAUUAAAGGGAUCCUAGGAAGGCCUGCCAUUCUUCUUUAGUGAAGUGGACAAUAUUGCUGUAGAAACAUGUGUUCUGGAGGAUGUGCAAAGUGUCUUGGAGUUACACUCAUUCCUCUGGCUGUGCUCUGUACCAUUGCCAAUAUUUUGUUGUUUUUCCCGGGAGGAACAGUGCAAGACAGCAAUGGUAUUUCCACUGAAGUCUGGUACUUUGGAGGAAUCUUGGGUUCUGGUGUACUGAUGGUGUUUCCUGCCUUGGUCUUUUUGGGUCUUAAGAAUAAUGAUUGCUGUGGAUGCUGUGGUAAUGAAAGCUGUGGAAAGAGGUUUGCAAUGUUUACUUCUAUAAUAUUCGCAGCAGUGGGCGUUGUGGGUGCUGGAUACUGCUUUAUUGUGUCAGCUGUUGCUCUGAACCUAGGACCGAAAUGCCUCAUUACCAACCCAGUCAAUGGCAGCAAGGAAUGGAAUUACCCAUUUAAAGACGGGAACUACCUUGCGGACCAUGACUUGUGGAGACUUUGUGAGUCACCUGAGAACCUUGUGCCCUGGAAUUUGACCCUUUUUUCUCUGCUGCUGAUAAUGAGUGGAAUUCAGGUGGUGCUCUGUGCCAUUCAGGCUAUCAAUGGACUUCUGGGAACAAUCUGUGGCGACUGCAAGUGUUGUGGAUGCUGUGGGGGAGAUGGCACAGUGUAAAGCAUACAUAUGUGGAGGCAUCAGAGAUCACGCCCUGACAAUAUGUAGAGUACCUUUCCAGGCAUUUCUCUUGAUAUGAUGGGCCACAUGCCACUGAGCGGGUCUAGAAUAGGGAGGGGAAUAUUUCCUCCCUGUUUAGAACAAGACCUGGUUUCCUUUCCCUUCCUGUUGAUUGUUUACAUCUCCCAAUGACUUUUGCAGCUGUUUUGAGGAACAGCAUAUUUAUUUUUGCAAGUUUCUAUUUCAAGCCAGAUUUUUUAGAGUAAACAAGUAUGCCCUGUUUUCUCACAGUUAACCAUUGUAAUUUGGAAACAAAUGAAGAAAAUUCAAUACUGCCAUGAAUGAUGAGAAAGCACUGAGCUUAGCAAAAGGAAUUAAUCUAAAUUCGCCCUGACCUACAUAUUCUUUUUUUAAAAUCAACUUCCCUUCCAGUUUAGCCACCAAUUCAUUUCAUAUCAGAUCCUUUGGUUCUUCCAGGCUGAUGGUGGGGGACCUGGUCAUAUUGUCGGCAAAACUAGGAAAAGUUACUUUUGCAGACUCUAGCUCCCAAAAUCCAGUUGACAUGCUGGCCUAAGGAGAUUCUUGGAUUGGUAUCGUUAGUCCAAAAAGUAACUUUUCCAGGCUCCUAGUGUUGGUAAACUUUACAACAGUGACCAAUGCAGCAUCCACAUAGCAGAAUUAAUGCAAUUUGACACCACUGUAACUGCCAUACGUCAAUGCUAUGGAAUUCUGGGAUGUCUAGUUUUGUUUAUAGUUUCUCUGUCAGAGACCUCUGAUGCCACAACAAACUACAGAUUCCAGGAUUCCAUAGCAUUGUACCAUGGCAGUGUCAAAUUGCAUUAAUUCUGCAGUUUGGCAGUAGACCCAGUUAUGAUUGUCAUGUAUGAAGACACAGGCAGAAGCUUAAAAGGGUAUAAUUUUAACCUUACACUGUACCUGUUUGGUGAGAAACAAAAACAUUGCUUGUUGAUUUCUUGCUUCCAACUGAGCAAAAUCUUCAGUAUUAAAAAGGUGGUGACUGUGUUUGUUUUCCUUCUGCCAGGGCUGGGGCAGCCUUCCUCAAUCCAAUAUCGUCCACAUGUGUUGUACUACAAGUCCCAUCACCCAGACAGCUAGCUCUGGAUCAUGAGAAUUGUAAUCCAAUUUAUCUGGAGGGCUUCUGGUUUGUUGGAAGCUGCUUUAGGAUGUGAAUAUGUUUUCUGAUCUGUCCACCAUCAAAUACUAUAAAGAUUACCAAAGCUGGGCCAUGGUUGUAAAGCGAUCAGUUCUGUGGUCCAAGAAUUGCAUUGGUAUUAUGGGCAUCCUGGCUGGACUUGGUAUUAGUCUUGUACAAUCUGUCUUCUUAUACACAAAAAAACAGAGAAGAUUUAUAUAAUUCUAGCCGGUAGGAGACUACUGUAGUUUGACAGCUACACGGCCAGCCAAGGCAGUUUUCCCAGUCAGCAGUGAGACAAGAAGCCCCUAUUGCUCAGUAUUCCAACUUUUGUAUUACUGCUCCCAGAAUCCACCAGUCAGUAUGGCCACUGGAUUUUGGGAGCUGUAGUCUAAAAAGUUAACAUUUUCAAUUUCUGCCACUACUGUGCCUUCUUUAUAGUGCCUCAGUUAAACACCUGGAAUUACUUUGAAUUACUGGAUUCCAAACUUAUUUCUGACCCUGCUUCUGACAGGGAAACCUUCAGUUCUGUAUCUUUUUGUGCCUUUCAGUACAUAGGACCAACGCCAAUAAAAAGAUUGACAACACCAGUCAAACAUUAGGAUUCAUCUGUGUGUGGUAUCUGCUAAUGUACCUCCAACAGUCUUUUUAUUAUUGCCCUUCAUUUAUUACAGCUUAUGAACUUACAAUUCCACAAGUGCUCCUUUACCCAAAUAUUUUUUGUAUAUAUUCUAAUAUUCAGAACAUUGUGCUGGUGGGGGGAAAAUCUGAAAAUCAUUAAAAUGUUCUCUUUUCUUUUGUUCUUUUUAUAAACUUACCAUGUGCUAUA